AUGUAUUUUCAUGCGAAAUCGGAUAAAACGUUAGAAGAAAAAUUAAAACAUUUCAUUCAACAAUGUCAACAACAACAAUGUUUAAAUGUUGUUGAAGAGAUUGAAAAAUUAAAUUGUAUUAGAAAAUGUAUAUCCUCUGAAUGUUAUGAUGAACUCUAUAAACAUGAUCCAGUAGAAAAAGGAGAAUUUGAUGUACGUUAUAUAUCAUUUAAAGGCUGUAUUGCUAAAAAAAAAAUUUUACAUCGGUUGUAA